UCGGGCGCUGGGAGGAGGAGGAGGCAGGGGCUCAGGCAGCGGCGGCGGCAGUGCUCAGAGCAGCAGGAGCAGUAGCAGCAGAAACAAGUACCAGCCAGACAACAGCUCCUCCGGCUCCCUCCGGCAAGACACAGUCAGUCCCCCUAGCCGCGAUGGCGCUGCCAAGCCCAGCGAGCGAGGAAGCUGAGGGGCCCUGUCAGGAGGCAAACCAGGAAUAUCAGGAGCCGGUGUGUAGUCCUGUGCCCGAGCCGGAGCCAGAGCCGGAGCCCGAACCGGAGCCCGAGCCCGAGCCGGUGCCAGUGCCAGUGCCCCCGCCCGAGCCUCAGCCUGAGCCCGAGCCCCAACCCCUUCCCGAUCCUGCACCCCUGCCAGAGCUGGGCUUUGAGGCUGAGCCAGUGCAAGAACCCGAGCCCACGCCCACUGUGGAGACCCGAGGCACGGCGCGUGGCUUUCAGCCUCCCGAAGGUGGCUUCGGCUGGAUAGUGGUGUUUGCAGCCACCUGGUGCAACGGCUCCAUCUUCGGCAUCCAUAACUCUGUUGGUAUCCUCUACUCCAUGCUACUAGAGGAGGAAAAAGAGAAAAAUCGCCAAGUGGAGUUCCAAGCAGCAUGGGUUGGAGCCCUCGCUAUGGGCAUGAUCUUCUUCUGUUCUCCCAUCGUGAGUAUAUUCACUGACCGUUUGGGCUGCCGAAUCACAGCCACCACCGGGGCUGCUGUUGCUUUCAUUGGCCUCCACACCAGCUCCUUCACCAGCUCCCUAAGCCUGCGCUACUUCACCUAUGGGAUUCUGUUUGGUUGUGGCUGCUCAUUCGCCUUUCAACCAUCACUCGUCAUCCUGGGCCACUACUUUCAACGUCGCCUAGGUCUAGCCAAUGGUGUGGUGUCUGCUGGAAGUAGCAUCUUCUCCAUGUCUUUUCCCUUCCUCAUCAAAAUGCUGGGGGAUAAAAUCAAGCUGGCCCAAACCUUCCAGGUGCUGAGUACCUUCAUGUUUGUCCUUACGCUGCUCUCACUCACCUACCGGCCCCUCCUGCCCAGCUCCCAGGACACCCCAAGCAAGAGAGGUGCCCACACCCUGCGACAGCGCUUUCUGGUUCAGUUCAGAAAGUACUUCAACAUGCGUGUAUUCCGCCAGCGCACUUACCGUAUCUGGGCCUUUGGGAUCGCUGCUGCUGCCCUUGGUUACUUCGUCCCCUACGUACACCUGAUGAAAUAUGUGGAAGAUAAGUUCAAGGAGAUCAAGGAGACCUGGGUGCUCUUGGUGUGCAUUGGGGCUACGUCAGGCCUCGGACGUCUCGUCUCGGGCCAUAUCAGUGACUCCAUCCCUGGACUUAAGAAGAUAUACUUGCAGGUCCUCUCGUUCCUGCUCCUGGGUUUGAUGUCUAUGAUGAUCCCCCUAUGCCGAGACUUCGGGGGCCUUAUCGUUGUCUGCCUCUUCCUGGGCCUAUGUGAUGGCUUCUUCAUUACCAUCAUGGCUCCCAUUGCAUUUGAGCUGGUGGGACCCAUGCAGGCCUCACAGGCCAUUGGCUACCUCCUGGGCAUGAUGGCCCUGCCAAUGAUUGCUGGGCCCCCCAUUGCAGGCCUCCUUCGAAACUGCUUUGGUGACUACCAUGUGGCCUUCUACUUUGCGGGUGUCCCCCCAAUCAUUGGAGCUGUGAUCCUUUUCUUCGUCCCUCUGAUGCAUCAAAGGAUGUUCAAACAAGAGCAGAGAGAUUCCAGCAAGGAUAAGAUGCUGUCCCAUGAUCCGGACCCCAAUGGAGAACUGCUGCCAGGCUCCCCAACUCCUGAAGAGCCCAUUUAAUGCCUCUGUCUUGCAAUUGUGUGCUCCCCCCCACCCCCACCCCUCCCCUCAUCCUACCCUGCUCAGCAUUUACAUUUUUUGCCACCAGCACACUUGUUCCCAAACCUGUGCACACAGCAUUUCAGCCACCUGACCAUCUCCUCUGAGCCAAUGCUCUCGGUGUUCCAAACUCAUUAACCAAAUUCUCCCCAUGAAUGCCUUGAAACUUGCCAGGCUCUUCUCCCAGGAUCUGGGAAAGCGUGGGAUCACCCCCUGGCCUUUGGAUCCUCCCCCAUAUAUACUUUCUAACUCUUUGAGGGGAGGACAGGGAUGGGAUCUCUAGCCCCAGCUUGUUAGUCACCCACUACAAUCAAUUGCCAAAGGUGCUACUGUGUCCCCAGAACCCAGUGAGACAGAGACCUAAGCCUCUGUUUGCUGAGGAAUUUGUUGCCAUCCAUCCUUGGGAGCCAUUUGGGAGUUGUGAGAAGGAAAGCCAAAGGAGACCAGGAGCCUUGUUUUGCAUCGGAGCUCCUGAGGGCUCUGCGGCACCCCAUCAUAUGGUUGGUUAGCCAUCUGCUUCCCUUUUCCUUUCCUAUUAUUUUCUCUCUACUGCCUCCUCUCCAUUUUCUUCCCCUCUAUUCCUUUUUAUUAGUAUCAUGACACAUAGGUGCUUGGAGAAAGGAAGGACCCAGAGCUUGGGCCAAUCCACUUCAUUUUGACCCAAACCAUCCCUAAUAUUAGCAUUAAUACUGCUCAUCUCAGGUUGAGCUACAUCUCACUUCUGGGCUCAAACUGAUAUAGACUGGAAGAGCAGGCUAUCGCAUAGGGGUGGGAUCUUCAACACUACAGAGUUCCAUGUACCAAUCACUGAUUUUGACAGAUUAACCAAGAGGCCUUCCCACCUGUCAAAUGUGAAGAAACUCUCCUCAUCUCAUCAAACACAGGAGGAAAGAUGUCAGUGCACUGGCAUUGGGGGAGGUGCUACGGUUAACAAUUUGGGGAAGGACCAACUCCUCUGACUCUCAUUUUUUCUAACAGGUCAAUAUUUCCACCUGGGCCAGGCCAAGAAAUGAGCUGCUUUAGGGGAAAAAAACUCAUUCUGUACUUGGAUCCUCAAAUGACAUAGGCAGCAACUGCACGUAGGGGUUGGAUAAUUUCUUUUCAGAAGGGGAAGCCACCCUAGCCUUUACCACCCACCCAGUCUGUCCCCCAUUCUGGACAUCCUGGACCACUCUGCUGAGUGGGCAUUAUAGGUGCCAGAAAAAAGUAGGCUCUGGACCACCAUCAUCCCUUUGAAGUUGGUGCCAGAUAUUUUCCUACAUCCAGGCUCUGGGCAACAGUCUUACUGAAGCACAUUCCAAGUGCCCCUGGCCACAGGCAAAGGGCACUGCCAGCCUCGUCCAGUUGUACAGCUCACCUCAUUAGGGACUCAGCCUCUCUCCUCCCUGUCUUUCUCUCUCUCUCUCUCUCUCUCUCUCUCUCUCUCUCUCUCU